GGGCUCACGUGUGUGUUGACCACUGACAUGGCUCGAGGUGCAUGGGACCCACAGAUCCUGUGACCGCCUCCAGCUUCCCCUUCUUAAAGGUUCCGCGGAGUUAAAACGCCGCUUCAUAGGCUUCAACCGCCAGAUUUUCAACGAUCCUUUCGUUGACAUGAAACCACUUGUCACUCUCACAGUCUUGUCCUGCUGACUCUAACGGCAAAAACAAAUAAACAAAUAAAUCCCAUUAAAAAGAAAAUAAAAAAAAGAAGAAAGCCGAUAACUUCAAUUCAAGACUUAUACCUUGUCAUUCACGUACCAGUUGGUUACACUGACUCAAAAUUGGCCCCUGAUUCAGCUCAACAUGAUUGAAUGAUACAAAAGAUAACGCUUUUUAGGAUUUGAUAUAUCAAAUUCAAGGCCAAUUCAGCUCAAUCUUUUGGGAUCAAAUUUCCAGUGUCUAGCCUUUUGGUUUGGUGUUUUAGGUGAUGGGUUGGAGGUAUUAUGCUGGGUUAGGUUUGAUUGGCACCGUUGUGUUUAUAUGGGUUGCAUCUGCAGAGAUAACACAGAGGAUUUUCGCUGAGUACAAACAACCAUUUGCACUCACUUACCUUGGUGUGUCUCUUAUGGUGGUUUAUAUACCCAUAGCAGUUUUAAAGGAUUGGAUUUGCAACUUAUUUGAUGCAAAUUUAUUUAGAAACCUCUACGAUGGCAGCUCCGUAAUUAGUAGUUCGAUUGGGCCUGAUAUUUCUCUUAAGAUCAAUGACGUGCCCCACAGUGCAGAAGCUGACCUCAGAAGCUGCUUGAUAACUGACAAGGAUCUUAGUGAAAGAGAAGAGGGGCAGCCUCUCAACUCAAGUAAUGAGAAAGAUGAACCUCAAUUGCCUGAACAUGGUGGUGGACUGAGUUCAUGGGAAAUUGCCAAGUGCAGUUUAUAUCUAACUCCAAUAUGGUUUAUAACUGAGUAUUUAUCAAACAGUGCUCUGGCAAAUACCAGUGUUGCUAGUACAACUGUCCUAACCUCUACUUCAGGGCUCUUUACACUCUUCUUUGGAGCUCUUCUUGGCCAGGAUACCAUAAAUGUUGCAAAAGUGGUUGCUGUAUUUAUUAGCAUGGCAGGUGUUGCCACGACCACGGUUGGAAAAACAUGGGCGUCAGAUGAAAUGCUGAGCGUCUCUGAGACUAGAAGGCACUGCAUCACAGGGGACAUUUUUGGGCUUCUCUCAGCAAUUUCAUAUGGCUUAUUUACAGUUCUGCUCAAGAAAUCUGCUGGAUCAGAAGGAGAGAAGGUUGAUGUUCAAAAAUUUUUUGGAUACAUUGGUCUCUUCACUCUUCUCGGCCUUUGGUGGCUCGUGUGGCCACUUAAUGCUGUGGGGAUAGAACCUCCAUUCUCAUUUCCACAUUCGGCAUCUGUCGGGGAAGUAGUUCUGUUUAAUGGCAUUGUGGGGAGUGUUCUGUCAGACUACUUCUGGGCGCUCUCUGUGGUUUGGACAACUCCAUUAGUUGCAACACUAGGAAUGUCAUUGACAAUUCCCAUUGCGAUGUUAGCUGACAUGGUUAUACACGGCCGUCACUUCUCUGCAGUCUACAUCUUCGGCUGCAUUCAGGUCUUUGCAGGUUUUGUUCUAGCCAACAUUUCGGACAAGUUUUCCGGUAAACCGGAGUUGUAGUAGUCAUUCCUGAGUUUCAGAGGAGCUUAAACGUUAACAAAUAACAAUGUAAUAGCAUGACUGUAGGAGCUUGGAUUCCUCGAGUGUUCUUCGUUGUAAUUUGACACUAUUUACAUGAAAAACACAGGAACAAUACUAGCAUAGCCAAAGAUUUUAGUUAAAGAUAAAAUAAUAAAUUUGUCCU